AUGCGUGGAAGGCUUGUAAUCGGGAUUCGUAUUAGGGCCCAUCCUGGCGGCUUCUUGGAUAUUUCCGAAAAGGAGGAUCUAUACAUCUACGAAGAAAACGUCAGUAUUCCGCUAGCUGAAAAUGUUGGCCUAAUAAGAUGCAAUGUCUAUCAGCCUAAGGUGACCGGUAGGACUCCUGUGUUAGUGACCUAUAGUCCGUAUGGCAAAGAUAUACAUUACAAAGACUUCAGUCCAAGCUCCUACGCCGAGGUUAAUCCAGAGCAUCAUUCCGCACACUCUGCUUGGGAAACGCCCGAUCCUGGUUUUUGGACGGCACAUGGUUAUGCUGUUGUUCGUGCAGACGAGCGCGGCUUAGGCCAGUCGCCCGGUAUUCUUGAUACCAUGUCGCGCGGAACGAGCGAAGCUUUUGUUGAUGUGAUUGAAUGGGCAGCGGAGCAACCCUGGUCUAGCGGAAAGGUUGGUCUCUUAGGUAUCAGUUACUAUGCUGGGGGUCAAUGGCGCGUGGCUGCACGUCAGCCUAAGGGAUUGGCCUGUAUGAUUCCAUGGGAAGGAAUGUCUGAUUAUUACCGAGACCGGUGCCGCCACGGUGGGAUCCUCUCGGAUAGGUUCAUUAGGUUCUGGUGGAAUCGCCAAGUUGUCUCCAACCAAUACGGCCGCCCGAGUCGGGCAAGCCAAAACUGGGGUCCCGACAUGAUUGAAGGGGAUCUCAGUGAGGAAGAGCUGGCUGCGAACCGAAACGACCAGACAAUUGACAAUGUCAACAACAAGUUCCAUGAUGACCUCUACUAUGCUUCCAAGGAAUACAACAUGGAAGAUAUCAAAGUCCCUCUCCUCUCCGUGGCGAAUUGGGGCGGCAUUUUGCUCCACCUUCGUGGAAACGUUGUUGGCUAUUCCAACGCCGGUUCCGAGUUGAAAUAUUUGCGCUUUGUUACUGGGCGUCAUGACCUUCCCUUCUACUACAAGGAAGAGGUAGAGAUCCAAAGAAGCUUCUUGGAUGCUUUUCUUAAAGGUGAGGACAAAGUCGGUUGGAGUACUGGUCAGGCACCCAAGGUCAACAUCGUUCUUCGCAAGGGGAAUGUGGGCUUCAACAACGCCGAGGCUGAACGAUCCUACGAAAGGCGUGUGGAAAACGAAUGGCCCCUAGCGCGCACUCAGUACACGCGGUUUUACUUGGCUCCCAAUCGCGAGCUACUCUCUGAGCGACCAACGUCGAAACUGACCAAGCUCGACUAUCGUGCUCUGGGCACAUUGCAAGAGCCCCAGCUUAUUCAGUUCACCACCCCGGUCCUCGAUCAGGAAACAGAAAUCACUGGCCAUAUUGUGGCACACCUGAACGUGUCCGUCAGCCCUGAUAAAGGCGGACCAGUGCCUUCUGACAUUGACCUUUUCCUGACUCUGCGGUAUAUCUUCCCAUGUGGUGAAGAGGUUUCCUACACGGGCACUGCUGGAGAUCCAGUUCCCUUGUCUAAGGGAUGGCUGCGAGUCAGCAUGCGAAAGAUCAACGAUAAGCACUUGCGGCAUCGCGAGUAUCUUCCAUACCGUGACUAUUUCUCAACCGAUGUGCAGCCUGUUAUCCCCGGCGAGGUUUAUCCCGUAGACGUUGAAAUCUGGCCUACGAAUGUCAUUCUCGAGAAGAGAAGUAGGCUGGUGCUUGAAGUCGCCUCAGGAGAUACUCAGGGCUCGGGUAUAUUCCAGCACAACGACCCGAACGAUCGGUCCCAAAACAAACUACAGGGAACUAACCACAUUCACUUUGGCCCUGUGUAUGACAACUACAUCGUUCUUCCGGUUAUUCCGGCGCACGUCCUGUCAUCCACAAACCAACACCCCAUAAUGAACGAGCAGACCAAGUCCAUCCGUCCCAUCCAGCGCAUUAUAACCACUCACAACGGUGAGGGGAAAGCAGUCUUUUCAACUCGCCUUCGAGAAGCUCUGCCUAUCCAGGAAGUGAACAAUGUCGGCUUCAGUCUGGCCUACACCACGCAACGAUUCCCAGUGCAGCUCGCUGCAGAUACCGACAUCACCGGCUAUGAACAAAAUCUCGCGUCGCCACCAGGGCUGACUAUUUCCACGGGCACUGUCUGUCGAAUCAUCGACUUUCCGCCCGCCGCAGAAAGUCCCAUGCAUUGGACUGUGUCGCUUGACUAUAGUGUCGUUCUGGAAGGAGAAAUAGAACUGCUCCUAGACAGUGGCAAGAAGAGACUUUUAAGAAGGGGCGAUGUUGCUAUACAACGAGCUACAAAUCAUGCCUGGAACAACGUCACGGCGGACGGUGGAUGGGCUCGCAUGUUGUAUGUUCUCACACCGGUGCAACUGUUGCAUAUCGAUGGUUUGGAGUCAAUAGGAGAGAAUAUCGAAGGUAUUGAUGUCAAGAAAAGCGAGUAAAUUAUGCUUUUUGAAUGGGUGGCUUUGAACUGCUAUUGAUUUCUCGGGUUGUCAAACUCAAAGCAUAUAACUAUAUACAUGUACCACAACCGUCAAGAAUUUUGAUGUCAAAUAGACGUCUUCAAAAGAAU